AUGGAUAUGUGGCUUGAUGAAAACGAUGAAGAGCUUGGUGCAGAUGAUGAAGACUUUGAGGAAAGUGAAGGAGCAACUGUUGGAAACACUGAUGAGGAAAGGCUAGAUGAGCCAAAAGUUGAACCUAAAGAAGUUGUUGAUGAGAGACCUGGGUAUAAGGAAGAUGCUUCAGAGCUAGACGAUAAAUCACUGGAUGAGUAUAUAGACGACGAUCUUAAUAUAUCUGAAGAAGAAGAACUCAUAUCUGAACUUUUAGAUGAGACUCUAGAUGAUGAUGCACUAGAUGAAACUUCUGAGGAAGAGGAAGACUCUGAUGUCUGCGAGGAUAAGGUCCAUGAUGAUGAUGAUGAUGAUGAUGAUGAUGACCUAGAGGAAACCUCUGAAAGAGACAAAGACUCUGAUGACUGCGAAGAGGAGGUCCAUGAUGAUGAUGAUGAUGAUGAUGAUGAUGAUGAUGAUGAUGAUGAUGGUGGUUGA